AUGUCUUCUUCUGCAGCGGCGGAACCCGAGAGCAAAGCGCUGCCCAUCGUCGUGAGGACGUACUUCUCCGAGGUCGUGGAAGACGACGGGAACUUCAUCCAGGCAGUUUGCAGCCUGUGCAGGCACAAGAGGAAGACCAUCCGAGGGCAGCACAAGGCGCCAUCCAAUUUCACCAAGCACGUGCAGGUACAGAAUGGCAGCAAAGGGCCACGACGCAUUCGCACGUGAGCCAGCCCGAUUUGCUGGCUGGUUUAAGAUUAGCGAUCCGGGAGCCCCCGUAGGCACGACCAGCAUGCAAACUCCCCGUGCAGUCGUGCAAAAGGGAUGGCGGCUCAGGUGCUCCGUGCGCUUCAGGGCCGCUUAUUAUGCUCAGGAGCGCUUUGCCGUUAUUAGCCACCCAGCCGCGCGCAGCAUCUUGUUUCGGACCUCGAUGUCGCCUGGUUCGAGUGCGCGCGUUCAAGCAACCUUGGUCGUCCUCAAUAGAUCAGAUUCAGGCCAUGACCCUCCUGCAGUUGCUGAUCUCUACCCUUAGGGCUGGAACAGGGAUGUGGCUCUCCAGGUGGUGUUGGACUACUUUUAUCAUCCCCAAGCCAACAUGACCAGUGAGUGGUCAAGCAUGGUGGGAGCUGUAAUCCAGCAAGAUCUGGAGAGCCACAACUUCCCUGCCCCCAAGCUAAACAAAGACUACUCUGCAUUGCAAGGAGUGGAGUCUGGACUCUUACAUCACCUGAUUCCACAAAUUGUGGUUGACCUCUCCAGUCCUCAAGGAUCCUAGUCUUGGACUGGAGAAGGGAUGACACAUCACGUUGGAGAACCACAUCAAAAUAUUUUCAGUGCAUAUUUUCAUACACAUCAAAUGCCAAACUACAGCAGAUAAAUUUAUUGCCUUUAGGAUGAUCUUACUUUAAAAUAAUAAUCAUGAAAUAGGAGAUGCUUAGAACAUAAGAAGAAUCUUGCAGGGAUAGGGAAGCUGUGGACCUCCAAGUGUUGUUGAACCACAGCUCCCGUCAUCCCUGACCACUGGCCAUGGUGACUGAGGGUGAUGAGAGUUUGACGUCCUCUGGAGGGUCACUGGUCCCGUCAUCACAUGGUUUAGUGGCUCCAGCCAAAGGUCCAUAGGAAACCAUCAUUCUCUUUGGGAAGGCCUGCCAGAUGCUUCAGGAAAGGUCAUAAAAUGAGUGGGAAAGUACCCACCCCCAGUUUUUUAUGCCCAGCAUUUGGUAUUCAGAGAUAUACUGCCUCUGAAUAUGUUGAUUCUAAUCGGUUGUCAUAGCUAAGAGACUUUGCAAAAAGCAUACCUUAAAAUCAGAUGUAUUAUAAAAAGAAUUUAUUUUUACUUAAAAUUAAUUUUUAGCAAGGUUAGUGGAUCCUUUUGCUUCUUUGCUUUUUUCGUUUAACAAUUUGGCAGCAUUCUUGCAAAUUUCUCUGUAAGGUUAUGGAGACUGGAUAUUUUAAAAGAAAAAUAAAGGGGCUUGAUUUGACUAAUGGGUGGAUAUCCACAUAAGGACUCUGCUAGUGCAAUGGGACUUUCCUCCCCUUCAACCCCCAUUGGCUUAGGUUGGGAUUGGGAGAAUCCCCAGAACAGCACAUGAGGUGCGGUGGGAGGAGAGGGGAGUUGAUUCCAUCAAGCAAGCAGAAAUGUUUGUGCUGAUCUCCUUAGUGCUAUGUUAAAUUCCUCCCAAUAUCUGUGAGAUCCUGACUCCACAGGCCACUGAGCAAUUCAUCAGGUCUGUCAGUACUUUUGCAUGUGACAAGCAUUUAUAUAUUUCUGUAUGAUUCCCAUAAUAAUUUCUAUAUCCUAUAGCACUGACUGAAAUAGUUCUCCUCUGUUGUAGAGAAUCCAUGGAGAAAAAUAUCUGAAGCUGAUGCACAAAAGGAAAAAUAUCCAUUGCAAACAAAUUGGUAGUGGCAUGUUAAAAGUUUCUGAGAAAAUUCCAAAAUACAGUGAGCCUCUUUGGGACCCUUACUCACAGUAUCAGCUCUGUGAUCAGUCUUUAUCCAAAGAAAACCUGGAUCAACUAAUUCUCAAUUUUCUCAUCACUGAUAUGCUUCCCUUGUCAAUUGUUGACGGAAGUGGCUUCCACACUUUGAUUAAAGGGAUUAUUCCCAGUGCUGCAGUCACUUCUACAGAAACCUUACGGAACAACCUUGCAAGACAGUAUGCCUUGGUUCUUGAAAAAAUUAAAAGGAAAUUGGACUCAGUUUCUUAUGUUUGUACAACUGCAGAUGUGUGGAUGCAUCAGGGGCAAAAUUAUGUGGGUGUCACAUGCCACUGGAUCAAUUCAGCUAACUUGACAAGAGAAUCUGCUGCCUUGAGCUUCCGACGCUUUCCUGGGCCAUGUUCAUACAGCAAGCUUGCUUCUGUGCUGACUGAGAUCCAUUCGCAGUAUGAUUUGGACUCCACAAAAAUAACACACAUUGUCACGGACAAUGGGAACCAUUUCCAGAAAACCUUUCAGCUGUUCUCUGGACCCAAAGAGCAGCUGGAGGAUAGCUUGGACCAGCAAGAGGGGAGUGAUGGGGAGAAGCAAGUGAAUCCCCCGGGUGCUGAUGCCUGUGUCAACGUGCGCAUUUAUGAAGCCUUGUCAAGUGACACCGUUGAUUCUUCUGACCUCUUCUACUUGCCACCCCACGUGGCCUGCUUUUCCUGCACACUCAGCUUUGUGGCUGCGACAGCUGCUUCCAGAGCACUGGCCACCAACCCUCCAUACAGGCACCUUCUCAAAAGCGUGGCAAGCAAAUGUUGUGCUUUAAGGAAUGUUUCCCAAGAUAGCCUGAAAAAUGCAGAGCUUGUUAAUUACGCCCUCGGAAAGUCUCUUCCCAAACCGACCUCCAUAUGGAAUUCUGAGUUUGACAGUUUUUGCCACAUAUACGACAUGCGUGGCACGGUGAAUCUCAUAAUGGCCUGCCUCCAGCUUCCAAAAUUUACCAACCUGGAGCUGGAGUUCUUAGGGGAGUGGUUGGAGGUGAUGUCUCCGAUUGCUACAGCACUUGACAAACUUCAGACAGAAGAGGCCAUUGAGUCUUUCUGCGGUGCUGUCCUGCCCAUGGUGCUUGUGUUAAACAGCCGACUUGAGUCAGUGUCUCCAAAAUACACUUCUUGCCUGGCAGAUGCACUGAAAGGGGAGCUUCAGAAGCAGUUUGGGCACAUGCUGACCUUUGACACAGCCGUAAGUAGUAAAAAGACAAAGCCACUAGUCAUUGCUUCUGUAUCACAUCCAUUCUUUAAAUUGCGUUGGCUGCAAAGUCAAGAUGAUAAGAAGAUCGCUCAGGAGCUUUUCUUACAGGAGCUGCUCCGCUGUGACACUCUGUCGUCGAAGGCUGACAGUCAAGCCGCAACAGUGAAAGCUGCCGCCGAUUUUUAUGGCUUUGAUGAUCAGGGGGUGGCGGCAGCUGAGUCUGCAUUAAGGAAUAUUGGGAUACAGUUCCUCAACGAUCCAUCGCAUGAGCUGAGGCAACUGAAAAGAUACCCAGCCAUCGCCAAGCUUUUUAUCAAGUUCAACACCACUCUGACAAAUUCUGCUCCUGUAGAAAAACUGUUCUGCCACAAUGGACAAAUCCUGGGGCCCAAAAUGGCCUCCCUUCAGGAUGAUGUGUUAGAGAUGAUGAUGUUGUUGCGGAAAAAUUCCCAGUUUCUUGUAUGA